CAUUCACACCGCACCCAAUCACUUUCCCAGGAACCAAACACAACCUCCCACUUUCUUCUUCCUUCACUCUCUCUGAAAUCCUACCUUUCAGAAACAUGAGAGAAGAGGCGAUAGAGAAGCUCCGCGGCGUAGUCAGGGACUGCGUGAGCAAGCAUCUGUACUCCUCCGCCAUUUUCUUCGCCGAUAAAGUGGCAGCCUUAACCAAUGAUCCCGCCGACAUCUACAUGCAAGCUCAGGCACUCUUCCUUGGCCGACACUACCGCCGCGCUUUCCACCUUCUCAACGCCUCCAAGAUCGUCUUCCGUGAUCUCCGCUUCCGCUACCUCGCCGCCAAGUGCCUCGAGGAGCUUAAGGAGUGGGAUCAGUGCCUGUUGAUGCUUGGUGAAGCUAAGGUUGAUGAAGAUGGGAAUGUGUAUGUUAUGAAGGAUAACAGUGUCAUGUACUUAGAUAAAGAUGGUGAAGAUCGCGAAAUCAAUAUCUCUUCGGCUAUAUGCUUUCUAAGAGGCAAGGCAUACGAAGCUUUGGAAAAUCGUGCCCAGGCUCGACAGUGGUAUAAAGCUGCAAUCAAAGCUGAUCCUUUAUGUUAUGAGGCAUUAGAGUGUCUUAUUGAAAAUCACAUGCUUACCUGUGAGGAAGAAGCAAGUCUAUUAUCAUCCUUGCAAUUUGCUCCUGAAGAUGACUGGCUCUCUUCUUUCUACUCAUGUUUAACCAAGAAGUAUGGCAAAGAAAAUGUUAUGGAAGCCAAAUUUAGAGAACUUGAAAAGGAAAGUUUGAAAAGCAGCCCUUCUAGCCCAACCUUGAUGGAUACUCUGAAAAAUAACACUGAUCUUUUGGCCUGCAAAGCUGAAUAUUACCAUCAAUGUGGUGAAUAUCAAAAAUGCUUUGAACUUACUUCUGCGUUGCUUGAAAAGGAUCCUUUUCACUUGAAAAGUACGUUGGUACAUUUAGCAGCUGCAAUGGAGCUUGGACAUUCAAAUGAGCUUUAUCUCAUGGCAUGCAAUUUAGUAAAGGACUAUCCUCAAAAGGCUUUGUCAUGGUUUGCUGUUGGCUGCUACUACUAUUGCAUCAAGAAGUAUGAUCAAUCACGCUGUUAUUUCAGCAAGGCUACAAAUUUAGAUGGAACAUUUGCUCCUGCCUGGAUAGGUUUUGGCAAUGCUUAUGCUGCUAAAGAAGAGGGCGAUCAGGCAAUGUCUGCCUAUAGAACUGCUGCUCGUUUAUUUCCUGGGUGUCAUUUACCAACUCUGUACAUUGGAAUGGAAUACAUGCGAACCCACAGUUUCAAGCUUGCUGAGCAGUUCUUUAUGCAGGCCAAGACAAUAUGCCCUUCAGAUCCACUUGUAUGCAAUGAGCUUGGAGUUGUUGCAUAUCACAUGAAGGAGUAUAAUAAAGCAGUAUGGUGGUUUGAAAACACAUUAGCUCUUAUUCCAUCCCCUUUAAGUGAAAUGUGGGAACCAACUGUGGUUAAUCUUGCCCAUGCAUGCAGGAAAUUAAAGAGGUACCAAGAAGCCAUUUCAAACUAUGAGAAAGCACUUACAUUAUCUACCAAAAGCUUGAGCACUUAUGCUGGUCUGGCUUAUACCUACCAUUUGCAGGAUAAUUUUAGUGCUGCAAUUACAUACUAUCAUAAGGCUCUAUGGCUGCAACCAAAUGAUCAGUUUUGCACUGAAAUGUUAAACGAGGCUCUUGUGGAUGAUAGUCGGAGUGGAAUUGACUCAAAAAUUGAGUUCUGUUGAAAGUAAUGUGCGCUGUAUUUUCCGUAAUACGUGUCCAAUCUUGAUGCCAACCAACAUUUUUAGAUGUCUUCAUCGUCAUACCCACCCAGGUCAGGCAAUAUUUAUUAUGUCCUUAGGCAUCAAUUAGGUUUUGAUCUCGACGUUACCAGUUGUUUCAGUAGUUCAAAAAUCUCUGAUAUUUUGCUCAAGAAGUCAACAAAAGGAGGGGCCGUCUCUCAUUUAGCUUGUUGAUUUUCUUGAAAUUUUAGAGCACGGAGUUUGGAGUGCAGGUUAGGAUUGGAUUAGAUAAAAUUAAUAGGAUAAGAUUAGAUUGGAUUGGAUAGGAUGUACUGUGUCGAGUCCAGUCUUAUGUUUGUUUGACUUUGGAAACAGAAUGAGAUAAGACACAAAUAAUUAUUUGUGUGGACA